CUUUGUCAGCCGAAAUUUGAAAAGGCAUUAAAUGGGUUUAGAACCUCGGAGCUCUUUUACCCCGGAUUAUAUUUCUUUCUCUAAUACUCUUUUAAUACUUAGCCAUGGAUAUCGAAGCUCUUUUCAGUGUUAAGGACAAGACCGUCCUGGUCACCGGUGGCUCUCGUGGCAUUGGUGAGAUGAUUGCCACUGGCUUCGUCCAAGGUGGUGCUAAGGUUUAUAUUUCGAGUCGCUCGGUUAAGGCUUGUGACGAAGUCGCUGCCAAAUUGAAUGCUUUGGGCCCCGGCAAAUGCGUUGCUAUUCCUGCCGAUCUUCAAAACUUGGAGGAUCUCCAGAAGCUUGCUGCUGAGCUCUCUAAGCGUGAAUCCCAUCUCGAUGUGCUGGUUAACAACGCUGGCGCUACUUGGGGUGCUCCUAUCGAUGAAUACCCUGAAGCUGCUUUCCAGAAGGUCAUGAACCUCAAUGUCAACCGUGUCUUUAGCUUGACCAAGGCAUUGCUUCCUUUGUUGAGAUCCAAGGCUUCCGUCGACAACCCAUCCCGUAUCAUUAACAUUGGUUCCAUCAAUGGUGAAACCGUGCCUGGCUUUGAAAGCUACGCCUACUCUGCAUCCAAGGCUGCUAUUCACCACAUGUCCCGCCACUUGGCCGCCCGUCUCGGCAGAGAAUACAUCUUGGUUAACGCUAUUGCUCCUGGCUCCUUCCCAUCCAAGAUGAUGGCUGAAACCUUGCGCAAUCAUGGUGAUGAAAUCAGGGCCAAGGUCCCCGUUGGUCGCGUUGGCACUCCUGAGGAUGUUGCUGGUACCUGUAUCUAUCUUUCCUCCCGCGCUGGCAACUACACCAAUGGUGCCACCAUUGUCAUUGAUGGUGGUUCGAUCCAGAACAAUUCCAGAAUCUAAAUUCAAACCACAUAGCAUCUUUUUUGCGAAAAUCAAUCCCCCGAUCACUUGUAUUUCUGUGAAAUACAUAUUGUCACGCUGAACUUGUAUACACCCUGUCAUAAAAUAAAGAGCUUUUGUUUGAUGUUUUGCACAUAGCUUGAUGAAGUGUUGACUUAGGGAGUAAUAAGCCACGUAUUUCUCAACCGC